GUUCACAUGAUGGUUGAGUGAGACCUGUCUCAAAUAACAGUAACACCCACCCAUUCAGAUACAAUAUGGCAAAGGGUUUUGAGGGGAAGUGACCUAUAUUUCUAGACCUCUUCAUGGUCUGCAUUCAGAGAUGUUAUCUGCUUGUCACUUUUAUUUUUAUUUUGUCAGUUUCUAAUGCGUUUAACUGUCUUUGUCAACCUUAAAUUCAAAUGACUUUAAGAAUCCCAUCCUCUGCCACCUGCUAAUGACUGUCUUAUACGAACAGAAUUUGUACCGUUGUUUCGCAUUAUACAAUGACCAAUGGCUCUUAGAUUUUGUCCCCCAUAUUACUUGUUGUUUAGCCUUAGAUUAACCAGCAUUACCAAAACAUUCUAAACAAAUAGUUUUAAUAGAAUGAGAAGGAAUAAAUACUUGUAAUUGUAUUAUUGUUACCAUUUUUUUUUAUCAGUGUUUUAUGUGAAAUUGACUUUAAUCGAAUGUAAUACUUUGUAAUGUGCAUACUGAAUUAUAUUAUAAACAGAGGUAAAUUGCUGUUCGACGAUGGGGAAUAUAAACAACAGCAGAUCUCUGUGAAAUCACAGUCAUGCACCAGCUGUCAGUCAGUCCUCAGAUUGGCAGAAGUGUCUCGCAGGUGAUUGGUUUUACUCACAUAUGACGCAGAUUACGUACUAAACUGAAACACGUGGGUCUCGCACAAACAAAGACACAUUGGCAGACUGAGCUCUACAUGCCAGUGUUGAGCUCCGCGCUCUGCGAACCACACUGGACAUUUACACACCGCAUCACAUGCUUAUGGAUACUAUAUAGUUUUACUCAUGGUCUACUAAGAAGGAGAAUCCAGAGCUGACUCGUUUGUAUUGAACCCCGGUAUUAAAUUUCACCGGAUAUUAUCACCUGUAGAACGAUCGGCAGAGGAACAGUCCCACGACUGAAGCCAUGCCCUGCGUCCAGGCUCAGAAUGGCUCGUCCCCGCAGGGCGCGAGUCCUGCGUCUCAGAGCUACAGUUACCACACCAGCGGAGAAUACAGCUGCGAUUUCCUCACGCCAGAGUUUGUGAAGUUCAGCAUGGAUUUGACCAAUACCGAGAUCACCGCCGCCACCACCUCUCUGCCAAGCUUCAGCACCUUCAUGGACAACUACAACACCUGUUAUGACGUAAAGCCGCCUUGUCUUUACCAGGUGCCCCAUUCUGGAGAACAGUCCUCUAUCAAAGUGGAGGAACUCCAGAUGCACACAUACCAUCAGCAGUCAGAGGAGAUGAUGGCUCACUCCGGGCCUAUGUACUUCAAACCGUCCUCACCUCACGCUCCAGGAACGGCCAACUUCCAGGUUCAGCCCAGUCAUAUGUGGGAUGACCCAAGCUCCCUGCACACUUUUCAUCAGAACUAUAUGACCACACAUAUGAUAGAUCAGCGCAAAAACCCAGUGUCCAGGCUCUCCCUCUUCUCCUUCAAACAUUCUCCACCCGGAACCCCUGUUUCCAGCUGUCAGAUGCGCUUUGAGGGACCUUUCCAUGUGUCCAUGGGGCACGACAGUCCUGGAGCGCAAAGGGCAAUGGAAAGCCAGAGUUUCGCAGUGCCCAGUGCCAUCAGGAAACAGGCGGGAAUCGCUUUCACGCACUCCCUGCAGCUCAGUCACGGCCAUCAACUGAUGGACAGUCAGGUGCCGUCACCCCCGUCAAGAGGAUCUCCGUCCAGCGAAGGUUUGUGCGCGGUGUGUGGGGACAACGCGGCUUGUCAGCACUAUGGAGUCCGAACGUGUGAAGGGUGCAAAGGAUUCUUCAAGAGAACAGUACAGAAGAAUGCCAAAUAUGUCUGUUUAGCCAAUAAAAACUGUCCUGUGGAUAAACGCCGGAGAAACAGAUGUCAGUAUUGCCGAUUUCAGAAGUGCCUGGUGGUCGGAAUGGUGAAAGAAGUUGUUCGGACCGCCAACUUAAAGGGUCGGCGAGGCCGUUUACCCUCCAAACCCAAAAGUCCGCAGGAGUCUUCGCCCCCCUCUCCGCCCGUCAGUUUGAUCAGCGCUCUGGUCAGGGCUCAUGUGGACUCCAACCCUUCUAUGAGGAGCCUCGACUACACCAGAUUCCAAGCCAACCCGGACUACCAACUGAGUGGAGAUGACACACAGCACAUCCAGCAGUUCUACGACCUCCUCACCGGAUCCAUGGAAAUCAUCCGCGGAUGGGCAGAAAAGAUUCCCGGGUUCACCGACCUGCCUAAACCGGACCAGGACUUGCUGUUCGAGUCUGCCUUCCUGGAGCUCUUCGUGUUGCGCCUGGCGUACAGGUACCAAGGCCUCUGGAGAGGUGGCUUUGCUGCUUCAGUUUUUAUUGGCUAUGCAAUAAUUAGGAACCGCUUAAAUCCCCAUUUAAUGCGCACAGCAAUUAACGGGUGCUUUGUCAUUAAUUUCAGGUCCAACCCGAUGGAAGGCAAACUCAUCUUCUGUAACGGAGCGGUGCUGCACAGGCUGCAGUGCGUCCGUGGAUUUGGCGAGUGGAUUGACUCUAUAGUGGAAUUCUCGUCUAAUCUCCAGAACAUGAAUUUAGACAUAUCUGCUUUCUCAUGCAUCGCCGCCUUAGCCAUGGUCACAGAGAGACACGGACUGAAAGAACCCAAGAGAGUGGAGGACCUUCAAAACAAGAUAGUAAACUGUCUGAAAGACCAAGUCACGUUCAACGGAGGCGGCUUGAAUCGUCCAAACUAUUUGUCCAAACUGUUGGGUAAACUUCCCGAACUUCGCACACUGUGCACACAGGGUCUGCAGCGCAUCUUCUACCUAAAACUAGAAGACCUGGUCCCACCGCCAGCAAUAAUCGACAAACUUUUUCUUGACACUUUGCCCUUUUAAACCGAGAGAAAACGAUUUCAAACAACAUCAGAGCACUUCCAAUGACUCUUUUGAAAACUGAAAGCCGUUUGUUUGUUUUUCGUCAGUAAUUACCAAAUGACCUGCGCUUUCGGAGAGAGUGAGGAAAAAGAAUAACAAAUCUAAAGCCUGGAAGAAAACACGAAAAAUAAUAAUAUAAUCGGCAGGUAAAUUUGACCAGUUACACUAUUGCAAAUAAAGAUGCUUCGCAAUGCCAUAGAAGAACAUCUCUCUAUAAAUGGUUCCAUAAAAUAGCCUUUAACAUUUGAAGAACCUUUCUGUUUCACAAAAUCUACUUUGUGGUGAUAUAAGGUUCUUCGGAUUAUUAAAAGUUAAGAAAAAUAUGGUUAUUUAAUGAACCUUUGACUGAAUGGUUCUUUGUGGAACCAAAAAUGGUUCUUCUAUGGCAUCGCUUGAAGAACCUUUCGAAGCACUUUUGUUUUAUGAGUGUAUCCCACCAAAACAUACCGCUAUUGAAUAUCUCAAAACAUAAAAAAGCAAA